GUUAUCCUCUCCGGCAUUCACAGAAGGAAUUAAAACUAAAAUAUUACCCCUAAUUUUUGAAAUAUUUACGUCAUACCACUAUCUCCACCAUCAUUGAGUGGCACAUUCGGGAAUUUCACGCAAGCUGGAGCCCCAUUUCCCCACAUAGGCCAUCUAAUCCUUUCCCCUGAAUAACCUCCGCACAAACCUCUAUAGCCAGCACAGACCCACCACCUCCGUCAAUGGCUUUUCCGGCGCUAUUACAGUCCACCGCCUCUUCGUUCCUCAGUCAGUUCCCGGUACAUUCCGCCCGUUUACCGGUCGUAAACCCUAGAAAUUGUGUCGGUGGCCUAUCGGUGAAGGCCACUUCUGGGAUAGUUCUGGUGGAGACAGGCGAGGCAGAGAAAGCCAAUCGGCUCAAGACCACCUAUCUUGAAAAGAUUGUCCCUUUGUUGAAAGAAGAAUUCAGUUACAGCAAUAUUCACCAGGUUCCUAAGGUUGAGAAGAUUGUGGUGAACUGCGGCAUUGGAGAUGCUGCACAGAAUUCCAAGGGUUUGGAAGCAGCAUUGAAUGAUAUGGCACUUAUAACAGGACAGAGGCCUGUAAAAACACGAGCGAAGAAUGCCAUUGCCACCUUUAAGAUUCGGGAAGAUCAGCCGCUUGGGAUUGCCGUCACUCUUAGAGGAAAUGUGAUGUACUCAUUUCUAGACCGUCUCAUCAAUUUAGGGCUUCCUAGAACAAGGGACUUCCAAGGUGUCAGUCCCAAUAGCUUUGAUGGGCACGGUAAUUAUAGCAUUGGAUUCCGGGAACAGAGUGUUUUCCCAGAGAUCUCUUUCGAUGCUCUUGGUAAGCCUAGAGGAAUGGAUGUUUGCAUAACAACAACAGCUGAAACAGAUAAAGAAGCCCAUAAACUUCUAGCUCUCAUGGGAAUGCCAUUCCGAGAGGGUGGUGGUGGUUCGACAACUGUUAUGCGCAAGAAGAAGCUGAAGAGGCACCAUUUUGACUCAAAAGCGAAGCAAAGGUCGCGGAGAUAAAACAUUACUAUCCUUUUCUAAAGGGUCAAGGGCUACUUGCAUUUCUUCUGGUAAUUAAUAUUCUUCUACGACUUAGAUGUACCUUGAAAAUGGAUUCGUUUGUGAUUAAUCUUUUAAUUGAUGUCACUUGGUAUUAUCCUUUCUUCAAUUGAAAUUUCACAGAGCUCAGGUAUCCUUUUAAGCAGUUCUUAUGAAUUCUUUUCUUGUCGUUAAGAUACAUGUCCUUCAAUGGUGUGACUUGUGACUUUGGAAUGAUUUCCGACCUUCUCUGCUCAGUAGUAACA